ACUCAUCUUCGGGCGUCAUGUCUUUUUGCCUUUUGGUCCUGUCCAUGGGGUUUUCAUGGCAAAGAGACUGGAGUGGGUUGCCAUUUCCUUCUCCAGUGCAUCACAUUUUGUCAGAGCUUUCCGCUCUGACCUGCCCGUCUUGGGAGGCCCUGCACGGCAUAACUCAUAGCUUCAUUGAGCUACGCAAGCCCCUUCGCCAUGACAUGGCAGUGAUCCAUGAAGGAGAGCAAAAGAUACUUCCUGGGAAACUGUGAAUUCCAGCGAGGACUAUUGAAUCAUUGUGAAGCUGGUGAUCGGUGGUUGAGCGAAAACGAGGAACAGAAACCCUUUGCAGAGAGUCCUGAGAAAAUGGAGCAACUGCUGGUGUUACUGAAAACGGACAGAGGGAAAGCUAUUCUGGGUCAGAGAGAAGCGGAUGAGAACCGACACACUCAAAGCUCACACGUUGUGACGCAUGAGAGCACCGUCAAAAAGGAGAAAUCUUACAAGUGCUGGCAAUGCAGCCAGAACUUCAGUAACAUCGCAGACCUUCUCACACAUGAGAGAACCCACAUAGCUGCUGAUCAGUGGUUGAGCAAAAACGAGGAACAGAAACCCUUCACAGAGAGUCCUGAGAAAACAGAGCAACUGCGGGUGUUACAGAAAACGGACAAAGGGAAAGCUAUUCUGCAUCAGGGAGAAGCGGAUGAGAACCGACACGGUCAAAGCUCACACGUUGUGACGCAUGAGAGCACUGUCAGAGAGGAGAAAACUUACAAGUGCUGGCACUGCGGCCAGAGCUUCAGUAGCAGCACAGACCUUCUCACACAUGAGAGAACCCACGUAGGUGAGAAAAUGUAUAAAUGUCCCCACUGUGGAGAAAGGGAGAGGAUGCGCAUGGGACAGAAGCUGAACAAAUGCUCACACUGUGGGAACACCUUAGGCUGGAAUCCUCGAGGGAGAAUCCAUGUAGUACAGAAACCUUACACAAGUUCUGAAUUUAGAAAAGAGUAUAUGCAAAUAUCAGACUUUCUUAAUCAUCAGAGAAUACACGAGCAAAAAAACCCUUAUAAAUGCUCAAAGUGUGGAGCGAACUUUGAUACCUACCUGGGUCUUAAAGCACAUCGGAGAACUCACACAAGUGAGAGCCAAUAUAAAUGUUCACACUGUGGAAUGUGUUUCAAUUGGAGCUCACAUUUAAGAUUACAUGAGCGAAUCCACACGGCAGUGUGCUCAUAUUGCGGGAAAAGUUUCAGCCAGAAAUCAGAGCUUGUCGAACAUGAGAAGACUCAUGCAGCAGAGGGCUCAUUUGCAUGCCUUACCUGUGGGAAAACUUUUCCAGUCAGUUCAGAACUGGCUGCUCAUGUGCGAACUUAUGCAGAGAAGUCGUUGAAGUGCUUGGUCUCUGGGAAAUCGUUCCAGUGCUCAGAGUGUGGGGAUAGCUUCAACCACAACUCGGCACUCACAGUGCACCAGAAAAUUCACACAGGUAAGAAAUCAUAGAAAUUCUUGCCUUAUAGGAAAAAUGUCGGCCGGCAUUUGAACUUAACAUCCCAUAAGAGAAUUGACACUGUGAAGUGCUUCUAGUCCAGGAAAAGCUUCAGGCCAAGACUGGAACUUAUUGAGUGCAAGCAAACCCAUGCAACUGAGGUCCUUUGUGAAUUUUGCCCCGUGCAAAACCUCGGUUGUGGAACCAGCGCGGAACUUGUGUGUGAAGCCACACAGAACGGCUGUUCAAAUGCUCAGUCUGUGGGGAAAACCUUCAGGAAUAGUCUGCAACACUUUGUGCACCAGA